UCCGGUAGGAACACAGACUACGGGGACUUCCGUUGUUGCCUUUACUUGCGGGAUAACGAUGGCUUUCCCAGAGUUUACAUCGGAAUAAUUAAAGUGGUUGAUGGCCAGUCUCUCUCCUCCCGUCCUAUCUGCUCUUGCCUCGUACCUUUCCACCUUGCUUCCCUGCGGCUUCGCUGUGGGGCCUUCGCAGCUAAGGGGGGGCAGGAUGGGGCUGUGGUGGGUGGGCCGCUCGCUGGAGGCUGGAUCCCUGCUGGGGAAGGACGGGGACACAGAGUGGUCCUCGAAGUAUCACAGUGACCCGAUGGCUCAGAGCCAAGACGCUGAACUUGGGAUGAACUCGGAGUCCAAAUCGAGUAAGACCAACAGCUCAGAGGCAGAAAAGGUACUGAUGGAGAUAGCAGCACAUAAUGAAGUCUUACUGCACAGAGCCGUCUGGAUCACAUUUGCCUGCCAGGCGCGAAGCAGAGCCCAGCAGAAUGUGUCAGUGCAGUGUGCCUGUGGAGAGGUGUGUGCGGCCGGGUGUGCGGAUGUGUGUCUGCGCGUGUGUCAGGAUAUCCAACCUGGAACAGAGCUGCUGCUGUACGGAGACACCGUGGGGAAAAGUCAGACAACGGACAAACCUGACACACAGGACAACUCCACUGGACACACAGAUAACCAGGUAACGCACAACAAAGACGCAGAGACUGUAGUUACCGACAUAGGGAUCAUUCAAGAGAAGGGAGAGGAGAUGGAGGACAAGCAGGAGGAAGAGGAGGAAGAACGGCGCAGAAACCCGCGCAGACGCAUUAAGAGAAGUCGCCCAACCACACGCCUGACGAAGAGGAGAGCGGAGAAUAUCCUGCACACUGACCCUGAUGCUCACACUCAUAAUAAUAACACCACAGCAGCAGCUGGACACACAGACAGCGCAGGUAGUGUCCCAGCUGCCGGGGACAGACAGACAGACUGUAAACCUGCAGAAAGACAGAGAGACUGUACACCUACAG